GAUUGAUAUUGUCUUAUUCAAGAUCACAGUAUAUAUUCAAGAUGUCUACAUUUGGAGAAUACUUCAAGGUCACGACCUAUGGCGAGUCGCAUUGUCGCUCCGUGGGAUGCAUCGUCGAUGGCUGCCCUCCAGGAAUGGAGCUCACCGAAGCCGAUAUCCAGCCUCAGAUGACCCGUCGCCGACCCGGUCAGAGCGCCCUGACGACACCCCGCGACGAGAAGGACCAGGUCGAAAUCCACUCUGGAACCGAGUUCGGCGUCACGCUGGGUACCCCCAUCGGCAUGCUCGUCCGCAACCAGGACCAGCGCCCCAAGGACUAUGGAAACUCGACCAUGGACCUCUUCCCGCGCCCAUCGCAUGCCGACUGGACAUACCUCGAGAAGUACGGCGUCAAGGCCAGUUCGGGCGGUGGGCGUAGCUCCGCGCGCGAGACUAUUGGAAGAGUGGCUGCGGGUGCGAUUGCGGACAAAUACCUCCGCCUCGCACACGGAAUUGAGAUCACGGCCUUUGUCUCAUCCGUUGGCUCAGUACACAUGUUCCCGCCGACGCUAGAGCACCCAUCGCCCUCCACGAACCACGCAUUCCUCAAGCUCCUCGACACCAUCGACCGCGAGACCGUCGACUCCUUCGUCCCCGUGCGCUGCCCCGAUGCUGCCGCCGGCGAGAAGAUGAAGAAAUGCAUCGAGGAGUUCCGCGACCGCCAAGACAGCAUCGGUGGCACCGUCACCUGCGUCAUCAGGAACGUCCCCAGUGGUCUCGGCGAGCCCUGCUUCGACAAGAUGGAGGCCAUGCUCGCCCACGCCAUGCUCAGCAUCCCGGCCGCCAAGGGCUUUGAGAUCGGCUCCGGCUUCGGCGGCUGCGAGGUUCCCGGCUCCAUCCACAACGACCCCUUCGUCAAGGCCCCCGUCGAGACUGGUCCCGAGACAGGUGCUUCGCGUGCUGGUGUCCCAAGGCCCCGCUUGACCACCAAGACGAACAACUCGGGCGGUAUACAGGGAGGCAUCACCAACGGCGCCCCCAUCUACUUCCGCGUCGCGUUCAAGCCGGCAGCAACCAUUGGGCAGGCCCAGAACACCGUCACCUAUGCAGGUGACGAGGCCGGCGUGCUCGAGGCGAAGGGACGUCACGACCCGUGCGUGGUUCCGCGUGCAGUGCCGAUCGUUGAGGCAAUGGCCAGCUUGGUUGUCAUUGAUGCUCUGAUGGCGCAGCAGGCGAGGCAGGCGAGCAGGAGUCUGCUGCCACCGUUGAAGCAGACUGUGCCGGUGAAGUCGACGGUGGUGGGUGGACAGGCGGCGGUGGAGAAGGUGGAGGCUAAUGAUGCGGGGGUAACCAAGGAGUAGAGGUGUAGGGGGGU